GUGUUUGAGUAAUGCAGUUGUAUACACAUCAUUGUAAAGAGAAAUUGUUUGCUAAAGCUUAUGUGAUUGAAGACACUAUUCAUUACAAUUCGCUAAAGUAAACAUCUCAUCGAAGACUUCAAGAAUUCAGCAUAAUGUACGAUGUACAAAAUAAAACUGCGAUGAUCACUGGGGCAGCUAGCGGAUUAGGCUACAAGUACGCCGAAAUACUAUUACGUAAUGGUGCAAGAAGUGUCGCCGUGGUCGACCUGCCAACAUCAAACGGUCAGAAUGCGGUAGCUACUUUAGAAAACGAAUUUGGAAAGGGUUGUGCUGUCUUUCUUGCUUGUGACGUGACGAAGACUGACGACUUGGAGGAGACGUUCAAGAAAAUCGUCGAUGCAUUCAAAGGACUUGAUAUUCUUAUCAAUAACGCUGGUACAUUGAAUGAUAAGCAUUGGGAGGAAACGAUCGAUCUCAAUGUCAAGGCACUAAUUCGUGGCUCUAUGUUGGCAUUUGACUACAUGGGGAAGCAUAAAGGUGGUGAGGGUGGUAUAAUAGUAAAUAUUGCAUCCAUAGCUGCAUUACAUCCAUUAUUUAUUAUGCCAAUGUAUUGCGCUUCGAAAUUUGCUGUUUUGGGAUUCAGUCAGUCUUUGGCAAGUAUGUACGACAAAACUGGAGUGCGAGUUGUUAUCAUGUGCCCAGGCGGUACAAUAACAGCGUUGCUAACAGAUAUCAAUAGUAAGAUCUGUGACUCCGUUCUCGCUGUGAUAGGUAAUGUUAACGAUGAAGCGAAAAAAUAUCCGAUACAAACAACCGACAAUGUGGCACUUGCAAUGCUAGAUCUCAUUCGGAAGGGUAAGAACGGAGCGGCUUGGGUCAGCGAAAAUGGUCAACCGCCAUACGCCGUGGAUUUUCCUCAUUAUUUCAAACGAUCUUUGCCUGUGUAAAUUAAUAUUUGAUAACUUGCCUUACUUCCCAUACAGCGCAGAAUUUGCAGCAAUAUCGCUGCAAAAUAUCUGCAAUAUUGCUGUAACAUUUGUGCAACUUUGU